UUCCAAACCAGAAUCAACAGUCGGAGAGAACCAAAGGACCCACACCAACUCAACCAGCUGCGGACAAUUCACAAGAUUUGAAGUUGUUAACUACUUUAAGUUGUCUAUAUGUAGGUAUACUUUCCGGCUCUUUGAAAUCAACGAACCGAAUUUAAAGAGAACAAUAUUAGCAUAAAUAAGACUUCAGGGACUUCGGUAACUCAGGGUUCAGCUUUUGAACACACUCCCCCACUGCAGGCAGGAACAACUUUAAAAUGGAGAACCUGCAUCCGCACUGCCUUAAAUGCAUCAACAGACGGUGCAUGGCCAAACCAGAGCCGGGUGUCUCCUGCAAUCUGGUUGGCUGUCCUCUUGUCUGCGGGGCCGUUUUUCACUCCUGCAAGCUGGAUGAACAUCGUCUCCUGUGUCCCUACGAAAGACUGCCUUGCCUAAACAGCGGCUUUGGCUGCCCCUUCACCAUCAAGAGAAUCAAAAUGGCGCAGCAUCUGGAGACAUGCCCUGCCAGCAUAGUUUGUUGCACAAUGGAGUGGAACCGGUGGCCUGUGAGCUACGCCGAUCACAAGUCCUACGAGAACCUGAGCAAAGACUUUGACGAGGUGGAGCAGCUGGACAUGGCUUUAGCUCUUCAGGAUCAGAGGAUGCUAUUGGAGUCGCUGAAAGUUACGACCAAUGUGUCAAAGAACGGAGAAAAGGGAGCAGGCUAUGGUGAGGAAAUGGCGUCGGUGUUGGGCAGUGAAACAGUAGAAAUGGAGGAAGAACCUUACAACAACUUGUACAGAUCUUCAGGGGAGGCGACCAGGAGCUUAGCUGCUGCGCUGGACAUCCUCACUAAUUCCAACAACAUUGGCAAAAUCAUCGAAAAUAUAAAUGGAGAUAAGAAUGGAUUGACCCAAAAUGGGGAAAGCAGUCUUGUUGCUGAAGGCGGGAGGAACGUAGAAAUGCUUGAUAGUGACAGUGAUUCAGAGUGUGAGCUGGGGGCUGUGGGUGGAGUCGAUUGCGCCGUAGAAACAGAUGGAGAUGACGAUGCUGCUAACUGGUCUGAAGAAAGGAACUUUGUGGAAUUGCAUUUUGAGAAAAAAGAUGUCGUCAUCGACGAACCAAAUCAAAACGGUGACCUUGUCUGGCCUCGCAUCCCUCAGGACUACAUACCCCUCGUAGCACCAGAGCCGCCCACGCACCAGCUGGUCCCGCUCACACCGCCAUUCCUGGUGUCGGAUCAAGUGAGAAGGAGCUUCUGCAGGUAUCGGUGUUGGAAGCAGAACUUAGAAGUGCUCAGCAUGUUUACAUAUAACGUCCCCCAGGCCCUAAUCAACCCUUAUUUGUUUCGAGCAAAAAUGGAGGACAAAGCGGUGGACACGUCUGACCUGGAGGUAGAGGAGGACCCGAUGGGGCUCCACGGCAUUGACCUCAUCACUGCAGCGUUGCUGUUUUGCCUCGGGGAUUCCCCGGGAGGCCGGGGGAUCUCCGACAGCAGGUUUGUCGACGGCUACCACAUUGACUUUGGCACUCAGACAUUCUCCUUCCCUUCCGCCAUCCUCGCCACGAACACCAUGGUGGGCGACAUCGCCUCGGCCUCGGCCUGCGACCACGCCAGUCCGCAGCUUUCCAACCCCAGCCCUUUCCACACGCUGCGGCUAGAACUGGUGCUCGAAUGCGUCGCGCGGUACCAAACUAAACAGCGCUCCAUGUUCACGUUUGUGUGCGGGCAGCUUUUCCGACGCGACGAGUUUUCGUCUCACUUCAAGAACGUCCAUGGGGACAUCCACGCCGGACUCAACGGCUGGAUGGAGCAGCGUUGCCCCUUGGCGUACUACGGCUGCACUUACUCCCAGAGGCGCUUCUGUCCGUCCGUGCAGGGCUUUCGGAUCAUCCACGACAGACACCUGGGUUCCUUUGGGGUGCAGCCCGGAUUGCCUUUAAAAACCGGAGACGGCCACUCAAGAAAGCCCCACCACAUCGACGCUCAGUACGAUCAGUUUAGCAGUCUUCCUUUUGAGGUGUUGCAGCACAUAGCGAGCUUUCUCGACAGUUUCAGUCUGUGCCAGCUGUCCAGAGUGUCUCGCACCAUGAGGAACGUGUGCGCCAGUCUGCUUCAGAUGCGUGGCAUGGUCGUCCUGCUAUGGGAGAAGAAGCGGCGCGACGACGGGUCUCCUUCGUGGCAAAUAACGCACAAGGUGUGGCGCUUCAGCACGGCCUUCGGCACGGUGAAUGAGUGGAAGUUCGCCGACAUCACCAGCAUGGCUGACCACCUGAAGAAGUGCAAGUUCAACACGAUCGCCCGCCGGGAGGAAGCCAUCCCUCUGCCGUGCAUGUGCUUCACCAGGGAGCUCACGAAAGAGGGAAGAUGUUUACGAUCGGUUCUCAAACCUGUAGCGUGAACACUGACAACAUUUUUUUGACACCUCUUUUUUAUUUUUUUUAACUGACCAAGAAAACUUUGAUCUACUUGUACUUUCUUCAGCGUUUACAGACAUUUACUCUCUUCACGCUUCGAAACUGCAACUCCGCUUGGAACAGUGUCAAUUUCAGGUUAUUCUUUGUUUCACUUUAAUUUACAGGAGACUAUGUCAGCAAGGUGUUGUGGUUCAGCUGAGGUCGCAUUGAAAUUCAAACGACUUUCUCCAUAGCAACUCAAAUGGUUCCACUAAAACGUAUAUCAGCUCCGUUUUAAAUAGAGAUUAGAUUUUUACUGAAAUAUAACGUUGCGAUAAUCAAUAUCUAUUAUGAUUUACCUAAAUUUUCCCCACUACUUUCUUUCUUUUUCAUCAUCAGAAGGAUCUAGAUCAGGGAAAGACGAAGAAUAGUGAAAGUUCACCUUGGCAAAAUAUACAAGAUUAUUCCUAUUUUUGGAUCAAAACAAAUGCCUACAACCUAUAUAUAUAUAUAUAUAUAUAUAUAUGUUUUGCUAAACCAUUCUAUAUAAUGAAUGGUUUUUUUAAUUUAAUGACUUAAAAUCAAAUACUACUUAACGUCUGACAGAUUUAAUCUUAGUGAGUCGUCAUCACUGCUUUUAGUCGGUUAAAACUUUUUUUCACAGCUUUAUUAGAACAUAUUGAAACUGACCAAACACCUGAGCAGAAGUUGGAUGUUUCACAGGAUCCUUCUGCUUUCAGGUCACCAUCGUUGGCGUCGACAUUGCCGUGUGUUUUGUCUUCAUUUCUACUUUUCAUUUCUGAGUAAUUAUCCGGCUUAUUCAGGGUGAAACGAGAAACACUAUUCUCCAGUCUGUUUGGCCAAACGUUACCAGCAGAUUUACUUUAUUUUUUUUGUGGGUUCUUUGCUCCAAAAAUCUAGAUGGCGCAACGAGAUGAUUAUGAAUGUACUUGGUGAAAACAUAAGUGACAUAGAACCCUGCUGGCCAGGUUUUAGGAAGCAUACCUGACGAUUUUGAACAUCACUACUUCUUUUCAUCUUUCAUUUUGAUGUGUUGAAUGCAUUUGCCAUUACCUGCCAGGUGGGUAAAAAUGGAUGGCGUCUCAGGGUUUUAGGAUGUUUUUGUCGUGGUGUUGGUUGUGAGACAACGAUCACAGCGCGCGGUCUCCAAACUGACACAGUAUGACGAGCACAGUUUGUAGUGCAGCAAUAGAGAAAUCUAAGAUUUUAUGGGUGUUUUUCUUUUUUUUUUUUUUUUUUUCUCAUUGUGGAGUUCAUUUCAUUAGCAUAAACACGUUUUGAAACACCGUGUGUUUUGUUUCUAUUUGAAAGAAAAUGCUUGAAUCUUUUUUUAAUAAAAGGUAGCAGAAAAUGUCAGCUACUUUAGGUUUUAGCUGCCAGUUUUCAUUUUUGUUUUUCUUUCCCCCCUCUUUAUGUAUAUAUAUUUUUUAGAAGUUGCUGUAAACUCAAAGCUUUAUUUUUUAUCUACUUGUGCUAUCCUAUUUUUUUUCUUUUUAAGAAACCUGCCUCAGUUAGGUGUAGAUGUGAAUUAUUGAUUUGCACAUGAAUGCAUGUACUGUAAACUCCUAAAGGUGACCGGUUUGUUUUUGCUUGACAUUUUACUGUCACUCUGCAUGUGAGUUUGAAACAUAUAUUGAUCAGUUCAGCUGCAGAUAGAUUUUUUUUUUUUCUACAAAUAUUUUUAGGCGUCUGGGUUACUUUUUUCAUUUUCUUUUAACUUGAACCACCAGGUGUUUAAGCUAUACUUCAUCACAUGUGCCCAGUGUUCAAAUUUAAACAGACGUAUGUAUCCUAAGGGAACUGGUCAUUCAUCGGUCCAUAAGUUCAUGAUCCCUGGAAGAGGGACUAGAGAAAAAAAUUAAUCUGCUGAUUAUUAUUUUCUAAAUAGCCAUUUUUUUGUGUCUGCAGUGUGUUGACAGUAUUUUAAAUUUUAUUUUCACUCCAGUGUUUUUUUUUUUCUUGCACCAAAGUAUGUCAGUUUGUUUGUAGGUAAUAAAGUGAUCUGCCAGUUUUUAUGCA